UCAAAUCAUAAUGAUUGUAGAACUCUGUAUAAUACUGCGAAUUGCAUUGAAUGAAAGCCAACACUACGCUUUCCAGGGAGCAUCUAUCGAAACUUGUAAAGCGACAAAAGAUGCAAAUGGUGUUGAAUUAACACCGACCUCCAAAAUAUUGACAAAUGAAUAUAAUUCUCCGCAAGAAUCUUGGGAUGUGAAUAAUGGAAUGAAGUCAUUAUGGAUAUAUCGACCGCCACUGAUACAACCACAUCAAAGCGACGAUGAACAACAGUCGCAUCAUGUCGUCCUAAAACCACCCCAUAUGGUUACGAGGCUCGCGAAACCGCUCACAUUUGGUUUCGAUCCGUAUUUUAAUAAGGGAUAUUUCGAGCCCUUUGAAAGACGUCAAAAACCUGUCUCUCUAGUAGCGUUUAGAAAAAAUGGAAUUCAGCCUAGAGAAAUGGCAGUUCCUAGCGAUCAAGUCGAAUCAGCUGAAGUGGCGGAAUUGCAAUCUGCAUUCAACGAUAUUAGUAAUUUAUGGCACGACCAACAAUACAACAUAAGAGAUGUAUAGAGUCCUAUAAGAUAUUUAUUAAAUA